AUGGCACCGAAAUCCAAACUACAGAUUGUCAGUGAUCCAGUUGAAGAUUCGGCUACCGAGUCAGCAGCGGAGGAUUCCUUCCGAUUCCCUGAGUCGUACCGAAAUGGGGUUAAUCAGAGCACCCAAGUCCUGAUUCCUGACGAUAACGUCAGUUCUCACUGUAUAUUGGGUCUAGUUUUCUCGUCAGCUCUUCCGGAUGGCUUUCCAGAGGUUUACCCAGUAGGGGAACAUGAUCCACUCCUCCUCCAGCUUCCAUCGCUGGAAUGGUCAGGCUGGGAUAAGAACACCUGCCUUCGUUCCUGGCCUUAUACCGUCGAAAUGGGAUGGGUAGACUGGGUAAGGCGCAUGAUGAAGUUUCUUUUUGAGGAUUGGAAGACAAUGGGGAUUCGUGAGACAAUCGAGCUCUCACAAUUCCCCUUAGACAUGAAUCCUGAACUCUUAGCUGCUGCCGCCUGUUUCUGGUCCAAAUCAUCCAAUGCCCUAGUUCUGCAUUGUGGCUUAUUGUCUCCGACAGUUUUGGAUAUCUCUCAUUUGACCGGCCUCCCUUCCUUAGGCCGUGAGGUAAGUGCCCUACUUUCUCCUGAUCCAUAUGAUCCCCCAUUCAUUGUUCCAUCAGCUGGGGUUAGUUAUUCGAAAUGGCUUAAGAUUCAUUUCAAAGCCAAAGCAUCUGGACCCUGUUUUCACGAGAAGGUUGCAUUUUACCUGUUUUGGAUUUGCCGAUUUCUUAUGGCAGUUCCUGGGCUUAGCGUUACCAAAGAAUACUUUAACUUGGCCAUCUGUAUGGCUCAAGUAAAAAGAUUGGCCCUUGCCCCAUUUGUUCUAGGAUCCCUGUAUAAGGGUUUAUUUACUUUUGUUGACAAGAAGAUAGCAGAUUCUUGUGGUGGUCCUUUUCGGAUUUUCCAAGCUUGGUUGUAUGCAUAUUUUCCCCAGCUGAAACCUAAGCUAAAUAAUCCUCUUCGAUCGGAUGAAGCCUUGCAAACAUGCCGUAGCUAUGCUGAAUACUUCUUAGGUUUUCUGACUCAGACAGAGGAGUCAUCCUUUCAAAGGUACUUCACCUUCUUCUAUGAAGAUAACAAAAAGAAUUGGCCUGUUUUCUAUCCCUUCGAUAAAUUCGAAUAUGCAUCCGAACGAUUAAGGCCAUGUUUUGAGGGUAUUCCACCAGCCUCUCCCCAGCUUGCAGAGAAAAUGACUCAGUCUAAACGGUUAUUCUGGGCCAGCAUCCUUCUUCCAAGACUUAUCCCGGUUGGCUUUGCCCUAAAUAAUACUCCUUUUGGGAACUGUGGUUUUGAAAAUUAUUCUCCUUGUCAAUGUGCCAAACAAUUUGGCCUUGCACAAGGCAUUCCAAUGCCUUUCGUUCACCCCAACAUUGCUGAGAUGGCUUCAAGCGGGCCAACGAUUAAGGCCAAGGACUCGCAAAUGAUAUCCUUGAUGGUCAGCAAUUUUCAACAUCGUGUGAAAGCCUUUCAGUUCAUUGACUUUAAGACCAAUAAUGCGACCCUGCCUGCCUUUGAUGAAUGGCUUGACCCUGAAUACAAAUACCUCCAGGAUAAGGCUGAGAUAACAGCUCGACUGCCUGAUGAACCUUCUAAGGCCAUUGUGCCUCAUGCAGGAGCAGUUCCCAUAUCAUCUGUGCCAAGUGGGAAUACUAGGAAAAGGAAAGCUGAAUCGAUCAAGGACUCCGAAACCAGGCCACGGACGCGAACCCUCAAAAUCACGUCAGGUGUGAGCCAAAAGGUUUCUAAAAGUCCUUCCACUGGUAGACCUAAAAGACAGGUUGGUGAAGUAUCUACCCCCACAAAGCAGUCAACAAGAAAGCCCACCAAGAAACAAAGCUCGAGUGACAAAGAGUUGCCUCCAAGGAAAGGCAAGGGGACCAAAAUUGUAGAUGCCUUUGAAGAAAUGGAAGAAGAGGAAAAUUCUUCAAAAUCCUCACAAGUCCAGAAAUCCUCCUUUUCAGCAGGAGAGACAAUUGACACCGAAUUGGCAAUUGAUCAAUAUGAAUCUUUUGAUACAGCAGUAUCAGACCCUUUGGGUCAGGCUGAUUGGUUGCCAGAGUUACAGGAACAACUGCUACACCAAGAAAAUCCUUUGUUGCAGGAUGACAGUCCUUUUAUGUAG